AGAGUGGAAAUGUAGCCGAAACCUCGUGAUAGAUUGGCGUCUUGUCUGCUGUGUGUUGAUGCGUUGUGCCCAGUGAUUCCAGGGAAACUAGACCCACCACAACCCUGACCAGGAUGAUGAAAUAUUUCAAGUUUGCUGAGAGUUGUGUUGACGCUAUGUGGCCGCUAGGGACAUCCGGGCACCUGACCUGACCUGACCUGACCAAGUCUGAUGCCCUUCUCAGGCUCCUCACAGAAAGCCUUCAAGCAUCAACUAGACUUAUUUAAACCUGCCGUCUCUGUCCCCGGGCAUGAAGUCUUAUUCUCCGUCUAACACUGGCAGACCAAGCGAGGACGCAGAUACGAUUGUGUCAAGUAUUAAAAUGCCCCGAUCUUUUCUUGUGAAGAAACACCUGAGCCACAAGAAACCCAACUACGGCACUCUGGAUUCACAAAAAUGUGAUGUUCAAGCACAGGUGAUCCCUAUGCAGUUGUUCUACCCACUGCACACCUUUUCCCAUCCAGAAGAACAUUGUCCUUUAUCUGAGCCACGUCUCGUGAACUCUCUUCAUACAACAACCGAGCCCCGAGCUCCUCGGGAACAAAGCCCGGCCGCUGAGGGCCACACGUUCCCUCAACCAGUGAGUCGAGACCCCCUCGGUCACGCCAACGCAGCAUCACGUACCGACACGAGACCAGCGCCGGAGGGCAUGUCCGAGGUGACGGCGUCCCUGUUCGGACUCUCCUCCUCCGGCAGCAUCCAGGAGCACUUUGAGUGCUUGGACUGCCACAAAGCGUAUUUCACUUUCUCAGGCCUGGCUAAACACAGACAGCUGCAGUGUGACUGGCCUUGUCCGAAGUACUUCAGCUGUAAAUACUGUGAUAAGGAGUACAGCAGCCUGGGCGCUCUGAAGAUGCACAUCCGCACUCACACUUUACCCUGCGUGUGUAAACUGUGCGGUAAAGCUUUCUCCAGGCCCUGGCUGCUCCAGGGACACAUCCGCACACACACGGGUGAGAAGCCGUUUUCAUGCUCCCUCUGCAGCAGGGCAUUUGCAGACCGCUCGAACCUGCGCGCUCAUCUUCAAACACACUCGGACAUUAAAAAAUAUCAGUGCAGGAACUGCUCAAAAACAUUUUCCAGAAUCUCACUGCUGUCCAAACACGAGGAGACUGGCUGCUGCUCCACGUCCUGAUCCGUCACACUGCUGUCCACUGCUCUGGGAAAUCUGCACAUCUUGUAGUUGCACUGUAACCUGUUUUUGAGGCACUGUUGAGAUUUAGAUUUGUACAUAAUUUACAGACUGAAGGAACUUUUGUUCUCUCAUGUAAGUGUUGCAUGCUGCGUGAGUGCUUGGAGUCUUACAAUGUUGUUGAGUAAAUGUGCUGAAUCUUCUGGUUAAGAUUUUAUGUUUUGAGCACCUUUUUUUAUAAAACGAAUAAAGUUCAUA